AUGGCCGGGGCGCUGCUGCGCGGAGUGCGGCGCUUCCCCUGGCUCGGCAACGUGCUGCUCUACGGGGGGCUGUUCGCGGCCGGGGACGCGGCGCAGCAGCUGCUGCGGGGACAGCCGCCGGACUGGGCUCAGACGAGGCGGGUGGCGCUGGUGGCCCUGGCCUUCCACGGCAACUUCAGCUACGUGUGGCUGCGGGCUCUGGAGCGGGCUCUGCCCGGCCGCCGCCCGCCCGCCGUGCUGGGCAAGGUGCUCUGCGAUCAGCUGCUGGGCGCGCCCGUCGCCGUCCUCGCCUUCUACACGGAUCAACUUGACAUCAUUUCAAUGGCUGAAACAACAAUGAUGCCUGAGGAAAUUGAGCUUGAGAUGGCAAAGAUCCAGAGGCUUCGGGAAGUCUUAGUCAGAAGAGAAUCAGAACUCAGGUUUAUGAUGGAUGACAUCCAGCUGUGCAAAGACAUUAUGAACCUUAAGCAAGAGCUGCAGAGUUUGGUAGCAAUCCCAGAAAAAGAAAAAACAAAGAUGGAGAAGCAAAGAGAGGAUGAACUGAUUCAGAAGAUUCAUCGACUGGUACAAAAAAGAGAUUUUCUUGUAGAUGAUGCAGAGGUGGAGAGAUUACGGGAAAAAGAAGAAGACAGAGAGAUGGCCGAGUUCCUUCGCACCAAGUUAAAACCCAUAGACAAAGCAACACAGUCUCCUACCAGCAGCCCAGCAGAAAAGAAGGCAGAACCUCCUCCAAGCAAGCCCACCAUUGCCAAGGCAGGGUUGACAAUUAUUAAAGAUUGUUGUGGGGCCACACAGUGCAACAUCAUGUAG